GGUGCCUCCGGCGGCCAUGUUGAGGUCCCGCCUUUCCGGGCCCACAACUCCCUUCUCCGAAGCCGCUGGAGGCACUAAUUCUUUAGAAAUUAAUGAGGUUAAUCUUCACUACUAGGGGAAGAAUGGCAUUGAAACAGAUUUCCAGCAACAAGUGUUUUGGGGGAUUGCAGAAAGUUUUCGAACAUGACAGUAUUGAACUGAACUGCAAGAUGAAAUUUGCUAUCUACUUACCACCAAAGGCAGAAACUGGAAAAUGUCCUGCACUGUAUUGGCUGUCUGGUUUAACUUGCACAGAACAAAAUUUUAUAUCAAAAUCUGGUUAUCAUCAAGCUGCCUCAGAACAUGGCCUUGUUAUCAUUGCUCCAGAUACCAGUCCCCGUGGCUGCAAUAUUAAAGGCGAAGAUGAAAGCUGGGACUUUGGCACUGGUGCGGGGUUUUAUGUGGAUGCCACUGAAGAUCCGUGGAAAACUAACUACAGAAUGUACUCUUAUGUAAUGAAGGAGCUUCCCCAACUCAUAAAUACCAGUUUUCCAGUGGACCCUCAGAAGAUGUCUAUUUUUGGCCACUCCAUGGGAGGACAUGGAGCUCUGAUUUGUGCUUUGAAGAAUCCUGGAAAAUACAAAUCUGUGUCAGCAUUUGCUCCAAUUUGCAACCCAGUGCUCUGUCCUUGGGGCAAAAAAGCCUUUAGUGGAUAUUUGGGAACAGAUCAAAAUAAGUGGAAGGCUGUUGUUUACUUUAUUGUUGGAAUAAGGAGGCCGUGCAGAAUUACAAAGUCACAGGAUUUAGGACUAGUUGGACUGUAUAGGUCGUCCCCCUUCCACUCUUUGAAGAUGAAAAAAGCUUAUGAUGCUACCCAUCUUGUGAAGUCCUAUCCAGGUUCUCAGCUGGACAUACUGAUUGAUCAAGGAAAAGAUGACCAGUUUCUUUCUGAUGGACAAUUAUUGCCUGAUAACUUCAUAGCUGCCUGUACAGAAAAGAAAAUCCCUGUUGUUUUUAGAUUACAAGAGGGUUAUGAUCAUAGCUACUACUUCAUUGCAACCUUUAUUACUGAUCACAUCAGACAUCAUGCAAAAUACCUGAAUGCAUAAAAAACUUAAGAUAAGAGAGUCUCUUCAAGAUUACAAAACUAUAAUAAAUAAAAUUGCAGGGAAAAAAAGAUUUCAAACAUUGGAUUUCAUAAUGCUAAAAUGCUUCACUGAUAUUUGAAUCACCUGAAUAAAUAUAUAAACCUGCA